AUGACGCGUCCCGGCGUCCUCCCCCACCCCACCGAGGAAGAGGCAGCAGCCAUGUUCAAGCCGCGCCAGACCUUCUCCCUCGCAUGCAUGUUCGCAGGCCUGUUCAUAGACACUUACCUCAUGGGAAUCUUCUUAAUGCUUCUCGUGCGAUAUAUGAAGUCGGCGCACCAGAAGGGCGAUACCAACUGGACGCGGCUUUGUGUCAUUGGCGCCACAUUGGGAACUUUGGCGGCAAGCGCAUAUCAGUGGUGGCUCGUCUCGCACCGGUUUGUUACAAACUUUGGACGAUACCAGUCGUUCUUCGAAGCUACACCUGGAUCAUGGUUUCCGCUCCUCGACUGUGCGCAUCCUAUCUGCAAUUCUGAUGCAGGCAUCACAGCGCUGUUUACCCAGUCGUUCUUCACCCACCGCGCCUUCCUCCUCAACGGGCGUAACUGGUUUCUCGUCAUCACUCCUGUUUUGUUGAUGUGUGGCUCCCUGGCGUGUACUUUAGCGGUCAAGAUCAUCUUCGCGUCCCUCUCUUCCACUCGCGACGCAAAGUUUGUCUAUAUCCCAACGGUCAUAUGGCUAUCCUUCUCGACGUCCACCGACGUAAUCAUCACGGGCGCCAUCCUACACGGCCUAAUCAAGUCGCGGACCGGAUGGAGCCGGACCAACCUCCUCAUCACCCGCCUGGUCCGCUUGACGCUGGAAGCGCAGAUCCCCGCCACCAUGAGUGCCAUCAUCUACUUGGCGGCGUUUCUCUCCAUCGCCAUCGUAUACUUCCAGUCCAAGCUGUACGUUAUUGGUCUGCUCUACUCACUCAACGUACGUGAGGCUCUGCAGGGCAUGGGAAGCCAGAUUCACGACACGUCGUCGCGUGACGAUUUUUGGAGCCCGCCUGUGACGACGAUCCACGUUCCGGUCGAUGGGGGGACUGCGAGCGUUGCGGCGGCGGCUUAG